AUGACACAAAUCAUUUUGUGCAAAAGAACACUGGCUAGGGCAUAUAAGAACAUAGCUCGCAAAAACAGUUUCGGCAACUCUUCAAAGAAUAAGGGACCGGCCAUCUAUUUCAGGAGCUCGUAUGGCAUCUUGAAUUUCGGUUUUUGUGAUUGCUUUCCUGUCAACUGGGUUCACAAGAUGCCUGAGAUCAUAGGUAAGUUAAUGAAGCCUGAUGGCUCAGUCGCCACUGAACUCGAGAAGCAGGUCUCCCAAGCCUUGGUAGACCUGGAGAGCAGCACCGACAUCAAAGCCCAACUUCGUGAGCUCUACAUCGUCGGAGUUCGGGAAAUUGAAAUCGGAAAUAAAUCAGUCAUCGUCGUAUAUGUGCCUGUUCCACAAUUGAAACAAUUCCACAAGGUUCAAGUGCGACUUGUUCGUGAGUUGGAGAAGAAGUUCGGAGGAAAGCAUGUUCUCUUCCUGGCUAAGCGUCGUAUUUUGCCAAAGCCGCUGCGAGGCUCAAAGAAGGUCCCGAUGAAGCAGAAGAGGCCUCGUUCACGUACACUUACUGCUGUCCAUGAAGCCUGGCUCGACGAAAUGGUAUUCCCCGCUGAAGUUGUUGGUAAACGCACGCGAGUUAAGCUUGAUGGAAAGAAGCUUUUGAAGGUACACCUUGACAAAGCACAGCAGACAAACGUUGAGCACAAAGUCGACACUUUCGUUGCCGUGUACAGGAAGCUCACAGGAAAAGAAGUUGUGUUCGAGUUCCCCGAUCCAAUCUUCUAAAUUGUUUUUG